AUGGCGAAGGGGAAGGUCUCCUGCGUCAUCGUCCUGAAGUGCUUCGCCUGCGGGGGCUCUGGCGCCGACAGCGACUUGGUGGAGGCUCGGAGGGAGCUCUUCGAGGCGCUGGUGGGCUCCGAAGGGGAUUUUGGCUUCCAGCAGCUGGUCGAGGACAAGAUAGGGGGCCACACGGUGCAGAGCAUCGUGCGGUACUGCUCGCUGCCCGAGCGCGAGGUGCUCCGGGAGCGCGUGGACGCCGCGGCGGUGCAGCCCACGAGCCCGGAGGGAGCGCCCGCGGUCGCGGAGGUGCAGAAGGACCCGAGCUCGCCGCCCAGGUCGACGGCCAGGCCGUCGCAGAGGCUCCGCAGGCCGUCGUGUCCAAGGGCUCCGUGCUCCACGGUGACGGCGGCUGCAAGCCCUGCGCCUGGUUCUGGAAGCCCAGGGUCUCCCCGGGAGCUUGCGAGCACUGCCACCUCUGCCCGGAGGGCGAGCUCAAGGAGCGCAAGAAGCAGAAGCGCGGCGGCGGCGGGGGCGGCGGCAAGGAUCCUGGGACGGCGGCAAGAAGGAGGGCUGAGCCGCCGCGGCCCCGCGGCGAAAAAGCGGGGCCCGCGGGAGGCGGCGCGGGGCUCUCCGAGCGAGCGCGGGCUGCGCCGCGCCCUCCCUGCCCCGUGGUGCCUAUGCUUCCCAUUUAUCUUAUUCCUCUGCCUCCUUGGCCUCUGA